AUGGACUAUUUCAAGUUUCUCCCCGUGGAGAUUACGUCACACAUGUUAACUCGAUUCCCUACGAAAUCCGUUCUUCACUGCAAAUCAGUAAGCAAAACUUGGAGAAAUCCUAUUGGUUAUCCAUCAUUCUCCAAAAGGCACUUCAAUCAUCAUAAUCAAGCUGAUAAUGAUUCUGGUGAGUUGAGUUUUUUUGCUUUAACUUAUAAGAUUGAGCAUGUAUCCGGAAAGUAUACACUUGGUAUUCCUAGAUAUCACUAUUUUGUUGAGUAUAAUGAGAAAGAUGAAUCAACACCUAUUGAGAGAAAUAGAAGGAUUCAUUCAACCGCUCCGUUUAAUUGUUUUGUUGGUUUAUUAAAUGGUCUCAUCUAUCUUGUCGGAAACCCAACUGAAGAAAAACCUCAUGAACCUAUUUAUAUCUUUAACCCUAUCAUUAAAGAAUAUGUCAUGCUUCCAGAAAUCAACACAGAUUACCAUUCUUAUAAUUCUGAUGUUUUGUGGAUGAACGGAUUUGGUUAUGUUUCUGCAACCAAUGAGUACAAAGUGGUAAGAAUAUAUAAGUUGAAGAACAAAUUUGUAGAAGUCAGCGUAUACACUUUAGGCGGUGGAAAUGGGUGGAGAAACCUUGGAAAGUUCGAUCCUUCUUUCAUCCCGUUUCCUUGGGGACAAGGUGUUUUUGCCAAUGGAUAUCUACAUUGGAUGGGCGUUGAAUUAGAUAUGAUUGCGACUUUCAAUUCAGCUGAGGAAAAGUUUUGUCAACAUAUUUCACCACCUCCAUCGUCACCAGACGAUUGGCCUUUUAAUAGAAUAGGGGUUCUGGAUAGGUUUUGGUUUUUUGCUAAUUUUCUAACAACCGAAGAAGACUCUUAUUAUGACAUACAAGAAGAUUAA